GCACAUCAGCCAUCUCCAGGCAUCACCGUCAAAAUGGCUUUCCGCAAGGUCGUCAAGAGCAACGCGUACUACAGUCGCUUCCAGACUAAGUACAAGAGAAGACGUGAGGGCAAGACCGACUACUAUGCCCGUAAGCGCCUCAUCACCCAGGCCAAGAACAAGUACAAUGCUCCCAAGUACCGCCUGGUUGUCCGCUUCACCAACAAGGACAUCAUCAUGCAGAUCGUCAGCUCUGAGAUCUCUGGUGACAAGGUCCUCGCCGCUGCCUACGCCCACGAGCUGAAGGCCUACGGCAUCACCAACGGUCUGACCAACUGGUCUGCCGCCUACGCCACCGGUCUCCUGAUCGCCCGCCGUGUCCUCAGCAAGCUCGGCCUCGACAAGACCUUUGUUGGUGUUGAGGAGGCUGACGGUGAGUUCACCCUCACCGAGGCCGCUGAGACCGACGAUGGCGAGCGCCGCCCCUUCAAGGCCUUCCUCGACGUUGGUCUUGCCCGUACCUCCACUGGUGCCCGUGUCUUCGGUGCCCUCAAGGGUGCCUCCGACGGUGGUAUCUUCAUCCCCCACUCUGAGAAGCGAUUCCCUGGCUACGACAUUGAGUCCAAGGAGCUGGACUCUGAGACUCUCCGCAAGUACAUCUACGGUGGCCACGUCGCCGAGUACAUGGAGACUCUGGCCGAUGACGAUGAGGAGCGCUACAACAGCCAGUUCGUCAAGUACAUUGAGAACGACGUUGAGGCCGACGGUCUCGAGGACCUCUACACCGAGGCCCACAAGGCCAUCCGUGAGGAUCCCUUCAAGAAGGCCGACGGUGAGGGCAAGAAGACCAAGGAGGAGUGGAAGGCUAUCUCCAAGCAGCACAAGGUUGCCAGAAUCUCCAAGGAGCAGAAGGCUGCCAACGUCCAGGCCAAGAUCCAGAAGAUCCUGGCUGAGGAGUAAAAAUGGGGCAUAUAGGCAGGUUGCAUUUUGAUUCUCGAUAUAUUGGGUCCGGAGUUACAGGAAUGAAAGGGUCGGUCAUGGUAAAAUAAAUGAAAAGAUACCUUCGAUUCCGGAUCUAAAGAUCCAUUGCUUCGUGCAUCAUUUUCUCUAGUAUCCAGUACGAGUAAAAUUCAGAUGUCAAUCAAAGUGAUACCCAGUCAAGCGAUAGGUGGAUACACCUGAAUCAGUCUCCUAAUUUGGUAGUCCUCUAAUACUCUCCUGUCAUAUCGAGCCAGCAUCAAUUAUACAUGGCACGGAACACGAGGUAUAGCAGCUCUGGUGCUGCUCAGUGUUGUCGAAUACAAUGUUAGUCUAUUCACUAAAAUCGAUUGUUGCACAGCACCUUUAAUAUGUGCAUCCCAU